AUGGAGGAGCAGCGGGCGCUCGCGGCCGCCAAGGACGGGGACCUGGACACCCUGGAGCAGCUGCUGGAGGCAGGCACCCUGGGCCCGCAUGUCACCGACGCCCUGGGGGCUGGCCUGGUGCACCACGCCGCCCGGGCCGGCCACCUGGCCUGCGUGAGGUUCCUGGUGCAGCGGGCCAAGCUGCCCGGCAACCAGCGGGCCCACAACGGGGCCAGCCCCGCGCACGACGCCGCAGCCACCGGCAGCCUGGCCGAGCUGUGCUGGCUGGUGCGCCACGGUGGCUGCGGGCUGCAGGACCAGGAUGCGUCGGGCGUCUCCCCGCUGCACCUGGCCGCCCGCUUCGGACACCCGGCGCUGGUGGAGUGGCUGCUCCUCGAGGGCCACGCGGCCACGCUGGAGACCCUGGAGGGGGCCUUGCCGCUGCACCACGCCGCGGUCAGCGGGGACCUGAGCUGCCUGAAGCUCCUGACCGCCGCCCACCGCAGCGGCGUGAACCGGCGAACGCGCAGCGGCGCCUCCCCGCUGUACCUGGCCUGCCAGGAGGGCCACCUGCACCUGGCGCAGUUCCUGGUGAAGGACUGCGGCGCCGACGUGCACCUGCGCGCCCUCGACGGCAUGAGCGCGCUGCACGCCGCCGCCGCCCGCGGCCACUACUCGCUCGUCGUCUGGCUGGUCACCUUCACCGACGUCGGCCUGACAGCUCAGGAUGACGAGGGGGCCACCGUCCUGCACUUCGCCGCUCGGGGCGGCCACACGCCCAUUCUGGACCGGCUCCUGUUGAUGGGCGCCCCCAUCAUGAGAGACUCCUGGGGGGGAACCCCCCUCCACGAUGCAGCGGAAAACGGGCAGAUGGAGUGCUGCCAGACCCUGCUGGCUCACCGCGUGGACCCCGCCCUGCGGGAUGAUGACGGCUACACGGCUGCGGAGCUGGCGGAGUACCACGGCCACCGCGACUGUGCCCAGUACCUGCGGGACAGCACCCGGCCGGUGCCGCUCCUGAUGACCCCCCCACCCCCGCCAUUCCCCCCUCCUCCACUGUUGGCUGCCAGACAUCCCCCGGAGGAUGGCAGAAGUGGGGGCAUAGGCCUCGGGAACCCCACCCCAGCAUCUCUCAGCCCGGCCUGGCCCGGCCAGCCAGACCAGCCUCCUCCGAGGGAGCGCACAGCCCACACGGCCACCCUGAGAGUCACCGCCAGUGCCACAGCCGUCCCCACGGGGGCAGAGACGGCGACGGCGACGGGAGGCGCUCCGGACAGUCUGGCCGCGCUGCAGCUGGACGGGAUGCCCUUAGGCGACCUCGACGGGCUGGUGCCCACGCGGGACGAGCGCGGCCGACCCAUCCCUGAGUGGAAGCGGCAGGUGAUGGUGCGGAAGCUGCAGGCGCGCCUGGGUACAGCUCCAGCAGCGCCAGAGGCCCAGGACGACGGCGGGCGUGCAGACCCCAUGGAGCAGGCUGCCUGGCGGUACUCACAGACGCACCAGGCCAUCCUGGGCCCCUUCGGGGAGCUGCUGACUGAGGACGACCUGGUGUACCUGGAGAAGCAGAUCGCCGAGCUGCAGCUCCGGCGCCGCUGCCAGGAGUACGAGAACGAGCUGGGCCGGCUGGCGGCCGAGCUGCAGGCCCUGCUGCCUGCGCCCCUGGUCAGUAUCGCCGUCAACAGCCGCUUCCUGUCCCCGGGGCCCGGGCUGGAGGUCUCGGAGGCCGAGCCCCGGGGCUCCGAGGAGGGGGCCUCGCAGGCCACAGCCGGUGGGCAGCCCCUGCCCUUCUGGUGCAGCCACGUUGCCCGGCUGGUGCGUAGCCUGUCCCUGCUUCUGAAGGGCGUGAACGGGCUGGUGCAGGGCGAGGAGAGGGGCCCCCUGGAGGCCCAGAGGGAGGCCCACAGGCUGGCCCAGGCCAGCCCCCCAAGGAGCAAGGCCCAGCGCGAGAUCCAAGAGAGUGGGGUGUCUGUGCGGACACUCCGCGGCAACUUUGAGUCAGCCCCCGGCCGGCCCUGCACCCCAAGCCCUGGCCCCUGCGAGCUGGGGGCCCAGCCGGGGUCAUGCCCGAGGGGCUGCUGGCCUGGCCCCGUCCCGCCCUGCGGCGGCCCGAUUGGAGAGAACCCCGGGCCGGGUGACACGGAGGAGGCCAGCGACUCCGGCAUCAGCUGUGAGGAGGCCCCGUCAGAGGUGGGCGCUGUGCCGGGCCCGGACCUGGCCAGCCUCCGCAAGGAGCGCAUCGUCACCCUCUUCCUCAGCCACUGGAAGAAGUCGGCUUAUAUGCCGGCACUCAGAACAAAGGCCUGCAGGACCCUGGAGGUGCAGCCUGCAGGGCUGCAGGGGCAGGAGGCUGUCGGUGGCCCUCCACUACCCUCCCCGCUGCCCAGAGAGAGCCCGCGGCCCGGCCGCCUCUGGCAGCAGCGCAGCGUCAUCGCCCAGCUGCUGGGCCACUGGAAGGCCAUCCUGGCCCACGUGCCCUCCCGGCAGCUGUGGCGGCUGAGCCGGCGGCCCCGCGGGCCCCUGUCCCCCGAGCAGUUCCUGCCCCACGUGGACGGGGCGCCCGUGCCCUACGGCAGCCUCACGCUGGACCUCUUCAUGCUGGGCUACUUCCAGCUCCUGGAGCGCGACCUGCCGGCCGAGGAGCGCAAGGCACGCCACCUGCUGUGCUUCGAGGUCUUCGAGCACCUGGGCGCCCACGGCUGGGAGGCGGCACGCGCCUUCCACAAGGCCGUGACCGAUGAGGUGGCCGCUGGCCGCCGUGCCUGGACCGACGGCUUCGAGGACAUCAAAGCCCGCUUCUUCGGCUCCAGCCGCGGUCCCGCCCGGGACGCGGAGCCGGGCCGCGAGUUGGGCCUGACCCCGCUCAGGCCCCUGCCCCACGCCGGUCCCUGCGGCCCCGAGCCUGCAGCACAGAGGCUGGGGUCCGGCCCCCAGCGGGGCAGCUUCAACAGCGAAGACAUCUGUGGCUACAUCGACCGGAGCUUCGCCUUCUGGAAGGAGAAGGAAGCCGAGAUGUUCAGCUUUGGGGAGUGACGUGGGCCUGCCUUCCUCCCGGAGCAGGCUGCAAGACUGCAUUCAGAGCCCCCUUGUCACCGCCGCGUCCGAGAAGCCUUCUCAGGACCCCAGUCGCCCUGCCCUGGGAUGACUCGCCAGCUCCGCCCGUGCCCACGGCCUGCGCGUCCCUUGCGCACCUGUGAUGCCAGCCUGUUCCCCACUGGCCACCCUCCAGUCCCUGCUGAGUCGCCAGGACAUCCCGUCUCCCAGCGCCUCCUGUGCCUGUGGCUCUGGCCACAUCCUGAGCCUCUGUCUGCCCUCCUCCAGUGCCGCCUCCAUUCCUUCUGGUGACCUUGGGCCGUGCC